AUGGAGGAGAAGGACGAAGAAAAGAUGUGCUUCGAGUUUAUCGUCUUAGAAGAUGAGAUGGUGUGGCAAUGCAGUGGGAGAAUCAAGGUCUUGCCCUGUUCCCGGGUUGCCCACCUGGAGAGACACCACAAGCCCUACUCCUUGGACCUGAGUAUUCUCUUGAAGCAUAAUGCCCUGAGAGUGGCUGAAAGCUGGAUGGAUGAGUACAAAGACAUGGUCUACAUGGCCUGGAACAUACCUCUCCAGAGCUCUGGAAUCGAUUUUGGAGACGUUUCUCCCAGAAUGGCAUUUCAGAAGAAACUGAAAUGCAAAACUUUUGACUGGUAUCUGAAAAAUGUUUAUCCAGUCCUGAAGCCAGUCCACAGCACUGCGGGCUAUGGAAGAAUGAAAAACCCAUUGGAUGAAAGUGUCUGCCUGGACCAGGGAGCUAUUCCAGGCAAGCCGAUCAUGUAUUACCUCCAUCGGUACAGUUCCCAGAAUGUCUACUACCACCUAACUGGGGAAGUCUAUGUGGGACCACUGAUUGCUGAGACAGACAUUGAUGACUGCUGCCUGACACACCCUGGCAAAGGGGAGAAACCUACUUUACAGCCAUGUUCCAAGGCAGUCAAAAAUAGACUGCACAUACACUGGGAUUUUAAACCGGAAGGAAGGGAAGAGGCUGGCACAGAGGUCCAAGCCAGGAGACCUACACCUCCACUUCUGAUAGUGGCUGGGAAAAGAGGGUCCGGACCCUCAGCUCCUCCAGAAGACGAGACCCCCUCCGGUGGCCUCCCGCGAGCCUUGACCAGGCUGGAAAAAGCUGGGACCAGACCCACUGGCUAAUUUAAAGAUGGGGCCCAGGAUAUGGGGGUGAAGCUGGGGCGGGGAGGUGAGAGCUGGUGGUGUGGAUCGAAGAGACCAGGUGUGGAGAGGUCAGGGGUCGAGCGAUGUGGGCAAGUGCAUGGCUGUGCUGCAGGCCCGUCUAGGAAAAGGGUGGCCACGGAGGACCGCCAAUAAACACACGCAGAGUCUCGGAGGCCGUGCGCUUCGCUGUGUGCCAACAUCAACAGCUAAGUUAAGCAGACACGGCAUGCUAAGUCGUGACAAAGGCAGCUAUCCAAGGUGCCUGGGCACCCAGCCAGCGCCCCAGGUGCCACCCACAGAUGGCAUCAGAAAGGACGCUUGAUCACCCUCUGCCGUGACCCCACCUCGGACAGGGGACGUCUUCCAAGGGAGCAGGAUGUGUCACCCACUGUUGAGGAGCGGCCCGCCUCUCCUAUAGACGUGCCUGUGGACAGAUGUCAAGGCCAUAUGAUGCCACGCGCAGGGCGUCCCAGGACAGCGGAGGCUCCUUUCUAG